AUGGAGGAGACCAAUCAGCAGGAAACCAAAUCAAUGGAGAGAUGUCACAUUGUUGCAGUGCCUUUUCCAGCAAGAGGACUUAUCAACCCAAUGAUGAAUUUUUGUAAGCAUUUAGCUCAUAAAUUAGGUGAUAAUGUUAAAAUCACUUUUGUAGUCACGGAAGAGUGGUUUGGCAUCCUUGAGCCAGCUCCAAUACCGCCUCAAAUUCUUCUCCGGUCAAUUCCCAAUGUGAUUCCUUCAGAGUUUGUAAGGUCAUCAACAUUGGACUUUGAGACCUUCCUUGCAAUCGCAGUUGCAAAGAUGCAAGCUCCUUUCGAGCACGUUAUGAAUACAUCUGAACCGGCGACUGUUAUUAUAGCGGAUUUCAGCUUGAUAUGGGCAUUUUCAAUCGGCAAUAGAAGGAAUAUUCCGGUAGUUUCGUUCUGGACGGCUUCAUCAUUUAUGUUCUCCGUUUUGUCUCAUGCUGACCUUCUAACUAAGAAUGGGCAUAGCCUUGAUCACUCAUCAAAUUGCUAUGAUGAGAUGAUAAAUUAUAUUCCUGGAGUGUCGCCGAUAAGAUUGUCAGAUAUGCCAUUUUUACCGCGAGGAAAUGAUCCCAAAUUCAACCCUGAAAUGGUAGCCUUCACUUUGUUGGAUAAAGUUCAAAUGUCUUCUUAUUCCUACUUUUUACGAGCUUGAACCCCAAGUCACAGACACUCUAAAGGAAAUAUUUUCAUUCCCAGUUUACACUUAUUGGCCCUUCCGUAUCUAACCUCAACACUACCAUUAAUCAACAUCAUCAAUUUCACGAUAAGGAAAAAGAAUCAGCUAGAAAUGAGUAUGCAAACAGUAAGGAACUUUAUUACUUAAAAUGGUUAAUUAGAUUCCCAACCUAUAAGCUCCGUCAUGUACAUCGCAUUUGGCAGCACUGUUUCAAUUUCAGGAGAACAAAUG